UUUUGAGCUUAUUUUUGUAAAACAAAGUUGCUGAUUAAAAGAGGCAACUGAAAAAAAAUAAUACGUUAUAUAUUAGAUAUAAAGAGCCAAUCAAAAUAAGUCGAACAUCAUGGAAUUCGAGCUGGAUGAUAAUUGUAGUGAUGGCGCCCUAAAUGAGGAGAUUGAUCUCAAGCAGCGUUACAGGCACGUAGGCGAUCUCACCGGCGAGCCGCCAACUCGACAAUUUGCUGAAAUUACAAUUACUGUGCCCUGGGGCCAUAUAUCUGGCAAAUGGUUUGGCCCGCAGAAUGUUCAACCCAUAUUGGGACUGCAUGGCUGGCAGGAUAAUGCGGCUACAUUUGAUUUGCUGGUGCCUUUCUUAGCACCCGAUGUGGCUUUUCUAUCAAUAGAUUUGCCUGGCCAUGGACUUUCCUCGCGUUUGCCGGAUGGCUGCUACUACAAUGCAGUAGAUAAUCUAUAUGUGAUAAGGCUGAUUAUGAAGCAGUACAAGUGGGAGAAGGUAUCGCUGGUGGGACACUCCAUGUCUGCUAUUAUAUGCUUUGUAUUUGCCGCCGUGUUUCCGGAUAAAGUGGACAUGGUUAUAGCUAUUGAUGCUUUGAAGCCGCAUCAGCGUCCCUAUCCAUCGGUCAUACGCACCAUGGAGACGCGUCUGGAUGAAUUUUUGCGCGAGGACGAACGCAAUCGCAGCAAGAACGAGCCGCCUAGCUACACAUACGACGAGCUCAUUGAGCGCCUCUACAUAGGUACAUUCAACUCGGUUAAAAAGGAACUCUGCAAGCACAUGCUGGCACGAAACAUACAAAAGUCUGGCAAGUAUCCAGAUAAAUACUUUUUCACACGUGAUCGACGCCUGAAAUUCUACAACUACGCCAUUGGCUCGCAGGAGCUGUGCAUGGAGAUGGCUCGUCGCAUUUCCUGUCCAUAUUUCUUUAUCAAGGGCCUGCAGUCUUCGUAUUUUGAGGAUAAAAAGUACUAUGACGAAGUGCUGGAGGUGUUAUUGAAAAAGCCCAAUUUCGAGUAUCUAGAGGUUGAUGGCACGCAUCAUAUGCAUAUGAACAAUCCUCAGGAUAUCAUUGAACCUUUCAAUAACUUUAUACAACGCUUCGGACCAGCUGCUGCUGCAGCAGCGCGUCUAAAGGCCAAGGAAGUGGCUGACAGCAAGCUUUAGAGUGAAGUACACAAUCUCCACUUGUAAAUUCAGUAUAAACUAGGGUCAAUCAGGGCUAAUUUAUUGUUGCUGCGGUGAUUCUGUGUAUCGCUAACACAUGGCUUUUAUUUUUACUUACAUACCUACAUAUAUACGCUUAAUUGUAUACGCUAUAAAUAUAUAGACAUACUAAAGGUUGUUCGCAUCGAUUUUACGUGUUGAAGGAUAACAAGGAACUGGUUAUGCGUGCUGCCGCAGUUGUAACCUUAAUGGUUGCUUAACCCCUUUGUGCCUUUAAUUUUUGUUUUCUUUAAAUUUAAUAAUUAUUGUUUAAAGUUAUGCGCAGCAAGUUGGCGUUUUCAUAAUAUUAU